AUGGCGACAACCUUACGGCCACGGCCCUUAGGGUCCAUUCGCUAUCUAUUAUCUUGUCGAACUACGUUCAAUCUCCCUGUCCGGUACAACGUCUCUGCCUCACGCACCUAUGCUACCUCCGAUGCCCUCCCGAAGAUCGCAGAUCGUUCAGUGUGGACAUCGAUGAUCCCCAAAUUUAUUCGCAACCGAAAGGCGCGCGAUCCAAAAAAGUCCAAAGAGUGGAAUCCCGCAACCUUUUAUAUCGUUAUGUUCACUUUGAUCGGCUCCCAAGCGAUCCGCAUGCUUUCCCUGAAGAAUAGCUAUGCGACAUACAGCCGAACCACUGAUGCGAAAAUCAGACUAUUAAGAGAAGUGAUCGAGCGCGUCAAGAAUGGGGAAGAAGUAGACGUGGAAAGGAUUCUAGGGACGGGCAACAAGGCAGAGGAGCGUGAAUGGGAAGAAGUGAUGCAAGAAAUCGAGAAGGAAGAUGCUCUAUGGCGAAGCAAGAACUCCAAGGUACCCCUUCACAAGGUCGAAGACCGUUCCGUGGAGACUCAAGAGAAAGAUUCGACCACGCCGUCUUCAAAAGAGCCUGCCAUAAAGACCGAGUCAAAACGAAAGGUGAAUUUCUUUUAG